GUAGCUAAUAUGUCUAUGAAUACAGAGAUUCCUGACUCAUCAGAGGACUGUCUUUACCUGAACAUCUACACACCUUCUAAACCUGGAGCAAAUGACAAGUUGCCGGUUAUGGUUUGGAUUCAUGGCGGAGGUUUUUACCUAUGGUCAGCUUCCAUUUUUGACGGACAUGUUUUGGCUGCCUAUCAGGAUGUAGUUGUAGUCCUGAUUCAAUACAGGCUUGGUCUGCUUGGAUUUUUCAGCACGGGAGAUGAACAUGCUCCAGGAAACUAUGGUCUUCUGGAUCAGGUUGCAGCUCUUCAGUGGGUUCAGGAGAACAUCCACAGCUUUGGUGGAGAUCCUGGAUUGGUGACCAUCUUUGGAGAGUCUGCUGGAGGAGUCAGUGUGUCUUUACAGGUUCUUUCUCCAUUAUCCUUAAACUUGUUUCAUUAUGCCAUCGCAGAGAGUGGUAUGGCAGCAAUGGAUUCCCAUAGUUUCAACCCUCUGCCAACAGCCCAAUUUGUAGGAAAUAUAUCUGGCUGUGAUAUUUCCUGCUCAAAGAAGAUUGUUGACUGCGUGAUGCAGAUGUCAGAAGACAACACCUUGAAGAUUGCUAGGGAACAACCAAUGCUUUGUUUUGGAGUGACAAUCGAUGGCCAGUUCCUUCCAAAACUUGUAGACGAGCUUCUUCAAUCCCAAGAGUUUAACAAAGUGAAUUACCACAGAGAUGAAAUUUAUUUUGUUUUUGGUUACUGCUUCGGAAAAGGACAUGUAAAACAGGAAGAAGUCUCAGAGGAAGAGAAUGAACUAUGUAAAACUGCCAUGGCUUAUUGGGGAAAUUUUGCUCGCACUGGGUCUCCGAAUGGUUCGGGCCUCAUAAAGUGGCCUAAAUAUGUAGCUGAGGCUGAGUACCUCUGCAUUGGAUUGGAACAAAAACCUGGGAAAAACUUCAAGGGAAAACACUUUAAUUUCAUGACCCAAAAACUUCCACAGAUAAUAAAAGAGUGGAAGGAAGGACCUGUAGUGCAAACAAAAUUAGGAUCUCUGAGAGGUGCCUUCCUGACUGUUAAGGGCAAGGACACAAUUGUCAGCAGCUAUCUAGGUGUACCAUUUGCCAAGCCCCCCUGUGGGCCCCUGAGACUGGCUCGGCCCCAGCCUGCAGAGAAAUGGGACGAAGUGAGAGAUGCAACCAAACAGCCACCCAUGUGCCUCCAGGACAGGCAAGUUAGUUUGGCUGAACUUAAGUUUUUCUCUAUGGAUGUGGAGAUUCCUGAGGUCUCAGAGGACUGCUUGUAUCUUAACAUCUACUCUCCAGUCAAACCUGGUGAAAAGGCUAAGCUACCAGUGAUGGUUUGGAUUCAUGGUGGAGGAUUUGCUCUUGGUGCAGCUUCGAAGUAUGAUGGCUCUGUUCUGUCAGCAUAUCAGGAUGUGGUUGUGGUGCUGAUUCAGUACAGAUUGGGUCUGCUGGGAUUCUUUAGUCCUAACAGAGAGAGAACCCAAAUACAGGUGAGUAACACAGGUUUAUUUGAAAAAAGCUAACUCAGCAAACAGCCCAAAAUGGUCAAAAUCUUUAAUCCUUAGCCAAGAAACAGUCACGGGUAAGCAGGAAACAUCUUGGAGGCAAAUCCACAGGUGCAGGCUGCUGCUGAAAUCAAGACAGGCAGACGUCAAAA